UCGUGAGGCAGUGUUGGCGUGUGAAGCAGGGAGAGGAGGAGGGCAGGAGGGGGCCAUGGGAGCUCGAUGACUCCACGUCUACGGGAGGGGAGAUGGUCCUUGGGCUCAGUUGGAAUUGGAUCGAGUUGGGGGCGAGCGAAUGGCAAAAGCUGGACUACUUCUAACAGCUGCUGGGGGUAUGAGAAGCUGGGUGGCAGUUCUGUAAGAUCUGGGCCAAAGGGAUGGCGGUGGCUUUAGGUUCAUACAGCCAGGGGUAGUGUGCGGGGACAAGAUGGUCACUAGUUGUUUCAGCUGCUGUCAGAGAAGAUCCUAGCUUGUUACCAUGGAGGGCCAGUCAGGGCCCCAGUGACCCCUUUCUUAUUGAUCUUCACUAGUGCGACUACUGCCCAUCGCUUAUUGAUUAACCGAGAUGACAAUGUGUCAGCUGUGACCGAGGAGUGGGAGGGCUGGGGAAUCAGCUGUGUGCAUGUCAGGAUCCGCCUUGUAGGCACUGGCCAAACUUGGCUCCCUGGUGACCUUAUUGGGGAGCAGUCUGUGUGGGUGGCUCACCCCCUGAUCGUAGCCUCUGGGCUCCUCUUGUUCCUUGUGUGUUUGUGCCCGUGUGUGUGAUUAUGGUGAGAGCUGGGCUGCUUCUCUUCCCCAGCCAGUUUAAAAAUAGACUUUGUGUCAGAAGAGGACAGAUUGGCAACUUGUGUAGGGAUUGUUCAUUUCCCAAAACAGCCAGGUGUCUGGACGUGCUGUAGACCGGCCUUUACCACCGAUGUGCGAGGAGACCACUUGUUUUUUUCCCUUCCUCGCGAGGGGGGUUUACUAGCAUAGUCAUUUCACAAGGACUGAGGAGAAGACAUCCUGAGUGCACCAGAUCUGCUCAUGAGAUCCUCCUGUGUACCAGACGGCAGGAUGAAACCAGACAGAGAUUCCAUGGAUGAGUUCUUUGAAUACGAAGCAGAGGAUUUUCUAGUGUAUCUUGCUUUACUGAUUACCGAGGGUCGGACGCCAGAACAAUCUGUGAAAGGAAGAACAGAAGGCCUCCAUUGUCCACCAGCACAGUCUAGUCAUCCUGGGCCUAAUAAGCAUGAAUGCAGUGAUAAACUGGCACAGUGCCGCCAAGCUAGAAAAACUAGAUCUGAUGUCGCCCUUCUAUGGAGAAAUAAUAUUCCAAUUAUGAUUGAGGUGAUGCUGCUUCCAGACUGUUGCUAUAGUGAUGAAGGAUCCAGCACGGAGGCAAGCGAUUUAAACGAUCCUGCAAUGAAACAAGACGCCCUCUUGCUGGAAAGGUGGAUUCUGGAGCCUGUUCCCAGACAGACUGGAGAUAGAUUCAUCGAGGAGAAGACCCUAUUGCUGGCAAUCCGUUCGUUUGUCUUCUUUUCUCAGUUAAGCGCUUGGUUGAGUGUGUCCCAUGGGGCUGUCCCGCGCAACAUCCUGUACAGAGUGAGUGCUGCAGAUGGAGAGCUACAAUGGACUUUCUCCCAUCCACCAACGGAACACGUGUUCCCUGUCCCCAACGUAUCUCACAGCAUUGCCUUGAAAGUCAGUGUCCAGUCUCUGCCAAGACAAUCUAGUUAUCCAGUAUUGAACUGUAGCAUUCACAGCGAUCUUGGCUUUUUAAAGAAACGAAUGCCUCCUCACGAGCAUAGUGUUAACCAGCUUCUGGAUUCACGGGACACCAGCCAAUGCAAUGUCCCAAGUUCUCAAAGUACAUGUAGCAAACAGACGUGGACUAUUGGACCGGAGGGUUUAAUGCAUUCGAGGACCAGUUUAAUCAUGGAUCUCACUGUUCCUGUCAGAAACGUGAAGUUAAUUACUAGUGAAAGUAAUGAAUCUAAGCUUCAGUGUUUGAGUGUGAUCAGUGAGUCCAAGGCAGCUCCCAAAGAGUCGGCCAUCAGAAAUUUCAAGUCCUUUUCUUUGGUGGAUGUGCCUAGUAGCCCACAUGAUAUUCAGCCCAUAGAACCAAAUCCCCUGAUUGGCUGUUUAAUUCAAGAACGUCAAGAGGUUAUAGCAAGAAUCGCACAGCAUCUGCUGCAGUGCGACCAAACCACCUCACAAAUGACUAACCAUUCUUACAAAGUCCUCGAAUCCAGUCCCAUAAGUUCCAAGCUGUUCAGAAACCAGUUCGAAGAUGAAAACACCCAGAAAAAACACAAGGAAACACCUCCCACAUGUACCUCUAGUUUAGAUUUUCAGCCAGCCACAGACAAUCAGGAAAGAAAACAAAAAACAGCACCAGAUACCCCCAUCAGUAACUCGCGCCCCAACCCAGACUCCAAAAUAUCAUCAAAUCCACAAGCCAGAAGGAAGCUUAUUCUCGUUCAAGCCAGUGAGCCUAGCUGCAACACAUUUCAACACUGUUUAAAUAAAACCUCCCAAUGCACUUUGUCAAGUAAAGAGAAUAUAUUCAAUUUGCCAGCAAGAGGGGACAUUGACCAGAAUGAACAGACAGAAAGCGUUAUUGGUAAAGGAGACACGUAUCACAACUCUAGCAACACAGAUGUCAAACCUUGUACCAACAAAGUAAAUGUCCCAGAUGAGAACAGCAAUACUGAUUUUCAGAGUCAACAUCAAGAUUACCCCAAGAACUGUACAAAGAACACUUUUCAAACACAAGAACACAGAAGCUCUGAGGAUCCCACAAGGAAAGCACAAGUGACUGAUUAUAGCGGUCAGCUCCUUAGCAUUGAGAAUUAUAUCAGCAAGGACAGGGACAGUCUCAAAUGUAAAGAAACACAGGACAAAGUGAAACCGGCACAUGAUGAGAAUGAAGACCCAGCAAAAUGUGACUGCUUUACUCAAGGACACAGAAAAUGCAGUGGAAACUGUUUGCCAAAGGGAGAGCAGUUGAAGAGUGCUGAUCAAGCAAAAACCGUACCACCAAGACAUGCUAACAAUUGGAAAAAGCAAACUUUCAGAUCUUUGGAUGGAAUCUCCACCAAGGCCUUCCACCCCCGCACUGGCUUACCUUUACUCUCAAGUCCUGUUCCACAGAGGAAAACACAAUCAGGGUAUUUUGAUGUGGAGACUUCAUUACUGCAAAUUAAAGGUCUAUCCACACUAAGGCGGCACAUUUUGGUAAAACCAGAAGAUGGUCAAGAACCUACAGCCAAACAUCUCAGUUGCAGUGCUCCUCCUGCUCCUUGUCUAAGUCUCCUAGGGAAUUUUGAGGAAUCUGUAUUGAAUUAUCGUUUGGAACCCCUGGGUGUCGUUGAGGGUUUUACAGCUGAAGUUGGGGCAAGUGGAGUAUUUUGUCCAACCCACAUGACCCUUCCUGUCAAAGUGUCAUUCUUCAGUGUUUCUGAUGAUAAUGCUCCUUCUCCGUACAUGGGUAACAUUACACUGGAGUCCCUUGGCAAAAGGGGUUAUCGUAUACCUCCUUCUGGAACCAUACAAGUGACCUUAUUUAAUCCAAACAAGACUGUAGUGAAGAUGUUUGUGGUGAAAUACGACUUGCAGGAGAUGCCGGCCAACCACCAAACAUUCUUACGACAAAGAACAUUUUCUGUUCCUGUGAGGAGAGAGAGAAAGGAAGCGGGCAUUGACAACAACAUCCUUAAGAUGGAAGACAGGACAUUACGCUACCUCAUUCACCUGAGGUUCCAGAGUUCCAAGUCCGGAAAGAUCUACCUCCACACAGACGUCAGACUUCUGUUCUCGCGAAAAUCCAUGGAAGUUGACAGCGGUGCAGCCUAUGAGCUGAAAUCUUACACAGAAACUCCCACCAAUCCUAGGUUUUCAGCCAGAUGCUAAGGGAGCUGCAGGAGAGAGAAUCCUUGGCUUGCAAAAUAAAAUGUGCUUGAUUUCUAAAUGGCAAAGAAAGACAAGUUGCGACUGUACUGAUUGAAACAAAUGCCUACAAAAAAUGGACCAGCUCCAGGGAUUUUCUUAAAUGUACUUUGUGUAUUUCAUGUAGACUGGAAAUGAAUAGAAAGUCCUAAUGCAUUUUUUUUCUACUAUGUAAUACCACUUAAUUGAGUGUGUGCCGCAUUAGCAACUCUUCCUGUUAGUUUAGUGUUUACACUUUAUUUUAUUUUGUCUAUUUAAUAUUUAAUGUUUCAUUUACUACACAAGUGAUUGUCUAAGUGUUCUAAUGUAGCACAAAGCCUAUGUAAAAUCAUAUAAUGUAUUUUUGACAGUAAUAUUGAAAUCUAAAAAUAUAUACAAAUCUUUAA